AUGCCUCCACCACAGCCAUCGUCUAUCUCUGGCAGGCGCUCCCAGCACAACGGUCACUCCGCCAGUACAGCUGGCCCUGCGAGACCUGGCACGAUGGCCCCGGAGACAACGCAGGAGUCCCGCUCAGACAGCAAAUCUGGCACCAGCAAAUCAGCCAAGCGGAGGAAAAACCGCAAUCGCAAGCGCCGUACCCGCCGCCAGUCAUUUCUAGCUGCAGAAGAACCUCACGCUGGGGCUGCUUCUGUUCCAGGUCCCGACACCGAGACUACGGCCCCAUUAGCGGCCAAUCAUCCCACUACUCCGUUCUACAAGUUGGGGAGACGUCUGAGUAACACAAGUCUGGAAAGUGAGGCCUUGUUGGAUCAUCGAAACCAACCUAUGAUACCGCCGCGCAGAGACAGUCGUCUCGCUCAAUCCUUUCGACCUGGCUCCUCGUCAACACCCUUCCGCUCUGGCGACGGAGGUUCUCUCAAUCCUCUCUCGGCAAUGAGAAAUAACAAUACAGGGAAUGAUAGUGACGAUUCUGAGGCGGUGGAUGAUCGGACACCGCUGAUGCGGCCCUCUUCGGGCCACACUUCCAACCUGCCUCGAUACGGGGCAGAUAGCCGAUCGAGUCCCUACCCAUCUCGUCCUCGACCAGCAUCCGUUCAUACAAUCUCAUCACGAUGUUCUCCUCGCCAUAACAGUCCUAUGAUCCCAGAGCCGGAUCGCGAUUAUGAUAUUAACAAUCCACCUUCCAUGCCCACCUCACCCAAGGUGGGUCCAGAGAUGGGAUAUGACGAUGCAGUGGUCACUGGGGCGGAAUUUGAUUUUUCGUUGGCUAGAUCUGUCGAAAAUCGACGAGGCUCGAUCUCUCUGCCGCAUGACAUGGUAAUUGAUAUGGACGGUGAUGAAACGCAGCACAGCCAUUCAGACCCGCCCUCUCCAUCGUCCUCCCGGCCAGGGUUACAGGAUUCCCUCCGCCGGCGUCGAACCGUUGCGUUCCCCGUCGAGGAAGAUGUUUGCCUCCCGAUUGCGGAGCCGUCAGAAAUGGCGGAAGAGGAUAUGCCACAAGUAUCUCGGGAUGGUAGCCGUAGGCGGAGGCGGCAUAGGCAGUGGCCGGACCUUUCUAUUCUGGACGAAUGGAGUCGUGAAGAAAAAGAGGACCGGCAUGGUGACUUCCGUACGAAACAAAUUAGUGAACCGAUGCUCAUCGAGGGUCGAUUGCGACCCCAAUAUCGCACGUGGCGGCGGGAGGAAGAUGAGGUACCGUACCGGUUCACCUAUUUCAACGAAGAAUUCGAUAGCACCAUCCAUGCCCAGACAAUAUCGGAAUUGGUGCAGCCUGGAGGCAGCUUCCGCGAUCUGUUCAUCCCCGAACCUCCUGAGUUGGAAGAUUCGUCGGACGAGGACGACGUGGAAACCGACCAUCCAAUCCGCGAGAGCACUCUUGGUACCGACAUUCAUAGCAAUGGAAUUAAGACUCCAUCUAAUGGGACAUAUGCCGCUAACCACCACUACAACAUGAAGAACAACAAUGGAAGUUACGAUAUCAAAAGCAACCAUACCCCCACUGAAAAUAAGCAGCAGCCCCGCGCGCAUUCAAUCAUCAGCGAAGCCGUUUCGGAUGCACGUGUAUCAGAAGCACGACUAUCUGCAGAAAUGCCGGCUUUCAAAGAACAGCAACAGUCCAAACCGAAGCGUUAUGGGCCCCGACCAGCCUUCUGGCUCGAUGUUCUCUGCCCGACAGACGCCGAAAUGAGGGUAAUCGCCAAAGCAUUUGGAAUACACGCGCUUACAGCGGAAGACAUUAUGAUGCAGGAGGCCCGAGAGAAGGUGGAGCUAUUCAGGAAUUACUACUUUGUCAAUUACCGCACCUUCGAGCAGGACCCCAGUAGCGAGAAUUACCUGCAGCCAGUGAACAUGUAUGUGGUGGUGUUCCGUGAAGGUGUGAUAUCCUUCCAUUUCUCUCAGACACCCCACCCUGCCAACGUACGGCGACGUAUCCGCCAACUUAUGGAUUAUCUGAUUCUGAGCUCCGACUGGAUUUCUUACGCACUCAUUGAUGAUAUCACUGAUGUGUUCGGCCCACUCAUCCAGGCCAUUGAAGACGAAGUCGACGAAAUUGAUGAGAACAUUAUGCACAUGCACUCUCUCGGGCGGACUGCUACGUCUUCCAACAAGGAGGAAGGAAAUGACGGUGUAUCGACAUCCCUCACCCCGGGUGAAAUGUUGCGGCGAGUGGGUGAAUCUCGCAAGAAGGUGAUGGGUAUGUACCGGCUUCUAAGCAACAAGGCGGAUGUUGUCAAGGGGUUUGCCAAACGGUGUAAUGAGCAGUGGGAAGUGGCACCGAAGUCAGAAAUUGGCUUGUAUCUGGGUGAUAUCCAGGAUCAUAUCAUGACUAUGACGAGUAGUUUGACCUACUAUGAGACCAUAUUGUCGCGAGCCCACUCCAACUACCUAGCACAGAUCAACAUUUUGAUGAACGAGCGACAGGAACAGACGGCAGAUGUGCUAGGGAAGCUCACCGUUCUUGGAACAAUCGUGCUUCCCUUGAACAUUAUCUGUGGUAUGUGGGGAAUGAACGUCAAGGUCCCUGGCCAGGACGUGGACAGUCUAGAUUGGUUUUGGUCGAGUAUGGUUCCCUCUUCUUUUGCACCAUCUAUGAUAAUGGCUAACUUGUUUUACUUUUUCAGUUACUGCUGGGCUCAUUCUCUUUGCCAUUGCUUCGUUCUAUAUCGCGAAGCGAGUGUACAAAAUUGUAUAAAUUGCAGGGCGUUUCAUGAAUGUCCUUGA